CGGGAAAGGGGCCCAUCACACGACGAACGCCGGCGAGUCACGCGAGGCUGUGCAGGGCUGCUCCAGCGGUGUGCAGCAGCCCGCGCGCACCUGGCUCCGCCGCGCCGGGCCGCCAGGCCUCGCCGCCCGCAGGCGGCCCCUCCGGCGGGCUCGGUGUGAUCCCGCAGGCCGUGCCUCCCAGGCGGCGCGGUGGGGAGGCCUCUUCGCAUGCGGCGUGCCCAGAUCUCUGGCGCGUGGAGCAAGCUCGAGGCAGAGCUUCUGUCGCCAUGUUUGGGUAUGUUUUGCAGAAGCAUGGACAUUCGGAGCCUGUGCUGCUCGUGUUGCCCCUUGCAUCCCCCACCGCCCCGGGGGCCGCGGGCCCCGGCAGUGCCGAGCCCCUGCGGGUGCGGCGGUGGCUCCCCCGCUUGGCACGCGGGCGCGCCAUGCGGGCAGCUGCUGCCGGGGCUCGCCGGGCUGAGGGCGGACAGGGCCUCGGGCGCGGCCUGCCCGGCCUCUUCCGCGACGCGCCCUCUCCGUGACGGCUCCCUCGCCCUCGGGGCUCCCUUCCGGCCGCUUGCCUGCGCCUUGGAGCCAGGCGAGGGGCUCGUCCCGAGGGGGCCGGCCAGCCCGCCCCUGACCUCCAUGCGCGCUCGGGAGAG